GUCAAAAAAGAAGAAGAAUAGAAACGUCAUGAGAUGAAAGUGUUCCCUUUUACUUUUUUUUCCAUUGUACGUGUUGUGGGGCCCCAAAAAUUGAAAAGUGGCUUAUUUCUUCCAAUCGUUAAUAAAAUGUCAACCGUGGCGGAAAAGAACUUAACCGUACAAAUCGAGGAACAAGCGAAUUUGGUUAGGACAUUGAAAUCUGCUAAAGAAAGUAAAGAAAAGAUCGCAGAAGAAGUCGCGAAACUUUUGGCCUUGAAAGCCUCAUUGAGUAAUGCUAAUGAAGACGUUGAUAAUGUGAAGGCAGAUCAAAAAUUAAUUCUUAAAACUCCAAAAGGGACGAGAGAUUUUUCUCCUGAACAGAUGGCUCUCAGAUUGGGUGUAAUGGAAAAAAUUGUAUCUGUUUUCAAAAAACAUGGAGCUCAAACAAUUGACACACCAGUGUUUGAACUCAAAGAAGUUUUAACUGGAAAAUAUGGUGAAGAUUCCAAACUUAUCUAUGAUUUGAAAGAUCAGGGAGGUGAAAUACUGUCCCUCAGAUAUGACCUUACAGUACCAUUUGCUAGAUACCUCGCUAUGAAUAAAAUAACAAAUAUUAAACGUUACCACAUUGCCAAAGUAUAUAGAAGAGACAAUCCGUCAAUAUCCAAAGGAAGAUAUAGAGAAUUUUACCAAUGUGAUUUUGAUAUUGCUGGAGCUUAUGACCCUAUGAUUCCUGAUGCUGAAUGUGUCAAGAUAGUUUAUGAAAUUUUAUCCAAUCUUAAGAUGUUACCAUUUGUAAUUAAAUUGAACCACCGAAAGUUAUUAGAUGGAAUAUUUGAAGCAUGUGGUGUUCCAUUGGACAAUUUCAGAUCAAUAUGUUCAGCUGUUGAUAAGCUGGACAAGUCUCCCUGGGAAGAAGUAAGGAAUGAAAUGGUCAAUGAAAAAGGCCUUUCUGAAGAAUGUGCUGAUAAAAUAGGGGAAUAUGUGAGACUUAAUGGAAAAAGUGAACUUGUAGAAAAAUUAAUGGCUGAUGAAAGUCUUUCUAAAACUAAGUCAGCUCUUGAAGGUCUAGAGGCCAUGAAACUUUUGUUGAAAUAUUGUGAGAUUUAUGGUACUUCAGAUAAAAUUUUAUUUGAUUUAAGUUUGGCACGAGGUCUUGAUUAUUACACAGGAGUAAUAUAUGAGGCAGUUCUUUUAGAAGACAAGUCUUUGCCAGGAGAAGUUUCUGUGGGUUCCGUUGCUGGAGGUGGCAGAUACGAUAAUUUGGUAGGAAUGUUUGACCCUAAAAAUAAACAAGUUCCAUGUGUUGGCGUUUCUAUUGGAGUUGAAAGAUUAUUUGCAGUGAUGGAGUCAAGGCAGUUAGCUUUGAAUAUGAAACAAAGAACUACUGAAGUAGAAGUUUAUGUUGCAACAGCCCAAAAAAAUCUGCUUGAUGAAAGGAUGAAACUUUGCAAUGAGUUGUGGAAUGAAGGUUUCAAAGUCGAACAAUCCUACAAAAAAAAUCCAAAACUACUUGCCCAAUUGCAGCACUGUGAAGAAUACAGCAUUCCAUUAGCUGUCAUUUUGGGGGAAUCGGAACUCAAAAAUGGUGUUGUGAAACUACGUGUUGUUUCUAGCAGAGAAGAAAUUGAGGUGAAAAGAACCUCACUCGCAGAUGAAGUUAGAAAACGACUGCAAAAUAUUAAUGAAUCAUGAUGCUUGCUAGGAAUUUGUCCUAGAACUUAACUUUCAUUGCACCUUUUAGUUUUCUUCAAAGAAUUAUUACUUUUUGCAUGUAGAACCAAAAGCCAACAGAAAUUUUGCUUUGUAGAGUUAUAAACCCAGGCAAAUAGUGAAGCAAGUAUUUCUCUUCAUGUUCACAAAUGAAAAUAUGUUUUAGAUUUUUUGACUAUGUUUUUUCAUUUUUCUCCUGAAUUAAGUUCACCUGAUUUAUUUUUAUAUAGAUUUUUUCAGGCUAUUAUAUUUGUUUGUAAUUCACCAAUAAUGUUUAUCAGUUACCUUGUUUCUGUGCCUCAGUUUGAAAUAUUUAUUUUUAUAAUAAUAUAAAGUAUCGCUCAUGACAUGGUAUAUUCAAUUUACUGGUUAACAAAUUAGUAUUUAUUUAUUGCUUUUUUCAAAAUAAAUUUCAUUGUUAAGUAUAAA